AUGGACAAUAGCGAUACUUGCUUAGCCUUUUUCCAACCUUAUGAGGCCAGAGAGUAUCCUAUCGGAUACUAUUCUUUCUCAGGCCUCCCUCCUGCAUGGACGACGCCAAAUAUUGACAGCGGAAACGGUAACAUUGCUAUUGAUAUACCAAUAAUACAACCGCAGGUCACAUUGCCAACACGAUGGGACGCAGUUCUUAUUCGGACUGUUGAGCGUGUAUAUAGUCUAUGUACAGCUAUUGUUCUUGUUGUAAUGUCAGGCCGGGACCCAAUACCAUCUCAAGACUCCAAAGACAGACAACAUUCGAUCAGCGCAAACUAG